AUGCCUACUUACGUGGAGGCGGAGAAUUUCUUAGACGCACCUCGGGGUGCCGUUGUUGCGAACAAGGCAGUAACUGAAGCCGAGUCUUGUGACGAGGCGUACAAUAAACAAGGUUCGGUUCGGGCGAGUUUUGCAGCAAAUGGUGCAACGGACACGAUAUGUCAAAAGGAAAGUGUGGGGACGCAUACUCAGCCGAAGCGGGUGACGCACCAGGAGGAGGAGCACAAAAGCAUUCCAUUUAUUUCUGUGGUAAUGACAUACUUCACGUUUUUACUUUUAUUCACUUUUGGAUGCAUUGCCGAGCUUCGCCGGAAGUUAUUUGGCGCAAAAAGGAAGCAGCGUGAGGGAUAUGCAUCUCUGCUUACUUUCCUCGAAUAUUUCUGGCAGAAUCAUUUCUACCGCCGUGCGCGUGACUGCUUCAACCAUGCGAUUGACUCACGUCCGUCUCGUGUGAUUGGUGUGAUGGAGCGGGUUUCGACGGACUCCAAUAGAACUUUUUCCUUCACUGGAAAUAUCAAACCAUGCGUUAACCUUUCGUCAUACAACUACCUUGGGUUUGCGGAUGAUAUACCCCAUAUUACUCGUGAGGUGCUUAACAGCUUAGAUCGCUAUGGUCUUGCUUCAUGCAGCGCCGCCCAACACGCUGGUCAGCAUGGUCCAGUUUCUAAACUUGAGCGUGCCAUAGCAGACUUUUUAAAGAAGGAGGACGCUGUUGUGUGUGGGAUGGGCUUCGGCACAAACUUUCGUGGUCUUCCUGCAUUGUUUGGUGAGGAUACACUUGUGGUCAGCGAUAGCUUGAACCACUCUUCGCUCGUUAACGGCAUACGGUUAUCUGGUGCCCGCGCCAAGGUAUUCAAGAAUGCUGACAUGAACAGCCUGGAGAAGGUGCUCCGUGAGGCGGUUGUGCUCGGGCAGAAUCCAAAGGGCGCAUACGUGCCAUGGACCCGCAUUGUCAUCGUCGUUGAGGGUGUCUAUAGUAUGGAGGGAGAGUUUGUUAAUCUUCCUCGUGUUGUUGAACUUAAGAAAAAGUACGGUGCCCUGCUCUUUGUCGAUGAGGCUCACUCUAUUGGUGCAACUGGUCGUACGGGGCGUGGCGUAACGGAGCACUUCGGUGUGGACCCGCGUGACGUGGAUAUUCUCAUGGGGACUUUCACCAAGAGCUUCGGGGCUAUUGGCGGUUAUCUUGCUGGGGACCAGAGCGUAAUUGACCACAUCCGAACUCACAGCUCUCUAGCGCUUCACUGCGAUACGCUUUCUCCUCCCUGUGCUCAGCAGGCUCUCUCUGUGCUUGACGUCCUAAACGGUAAUGAUGGCACCGACAUUGGACCCAAGCACAUACAGCAACUGAUGGAAAAUUCACGAUUUUUCCGCCAGGGCUUGAUCGAUCGUGGUUUCUCUGUCCUUGGUAAUGACGCCUCCCCCGUCGUUCCCGUAAUGCUUUACCAUCUUGGGAGAGCAAUUGCCGUGUGGAGGAAAUGCAUGCGCCGUGGUCUUGCUAUUGUGAUUGUUGGAUACCCCGCUACUCCACUACUGGGGUGCCGCAUUCGUUUCUGUGUUUCUGCUGCUCACACCCGCGCUGAUUUGCAGUUCGCGUUGGACGUUAUGGAUCAAAUAAAGAAGGAAACCAACAUACAGUUUUUGCCCAGCACCGUGCCCCCGCAGGGCGAGGAGUAA